AUGGCUGCAAAAGCAGAACUUUCGAGCUGGUCGGAGUACCCAGAGGACUUCACUCUGCUGCAGCAGCAUCACCAGCAGCAGCACAACCUGGCCCACAUCAGCUCCAAAGCCUGGAUUUCCUCCACUUCAAUCCGUGCGCUCUCAAUUAGGGACGCGCACGCGGCUGCAGAGGCAGCGGGCAUCUCGCGGGAGAAACUUGUGCCAGUGACCGAAUUCACUGACCGCGUUACCACCAAAGGCAUGACAGAGACAGACCCUGCUAAGGCGCCAGAUGGAUGCAAGACGAGCCACUUCGGCCCUCAGAGACACAGGCGCGUGGCGGCCAACGCCAGGGAGAGGAGGAGGAUGCACGGGUUGAACAAAGCGUUUGACGAGCUCAGGAGUGUCAUCCCCUCCCUGGAAAACGAGAAAAAGUUAUCCAAAUACGACACCCUCCAGAUGGCGCAGAUUUACAUCACAGAGCUGUCUGAGCUCCUGGCCGGCGUGGUUCACCCAGAGUGCAGGAGUCCUCGUCCAGGCUCUGGAGACAAGACCUCCAGGAGGAGCCUGAUUCACUCUCUGCUGCCAGCAGCCGCUGCACAGUCCCCGAAACCUCUGACCGGAGAGCAGCGAGACCCCUCCGCAUCUAUCGGUCAUCUGAUUUUACUUGGACCUACAUCUGACAUGGAAUCAAAUAAAUCAGGCACUUGUUCCAGCAGCAGCGAUGGGGAAUAUUCACAUCUCAGUGACGCAGAGGAGGGUCAAAGCGGGAAACAGUGGCAGAAAGUCAGUGCCACUGACUUUUAA